ACAGUAGAUUACAAUCGAUUUUCCACCGCCAUAGUUGAGAAAGGAAACGACGAUUACCUUAAAUACCCACCGCCAUGGUGGAAAAGGAAACGUAUAUAAAAGCCUAAGCGACGCCAAAAAAAGGUACAAUGGUCUUGUAAAUAGUUAUCCGGAUUUAAUUUUUGGAGCGGUGAGUUUGGACAGCGUGAUAUAAAUAGAAACUUUGUAAUUAAUCUCUUCGGUCUAGGUCUAGACUUGAUUUUCUUCUAGGUCUAGACCGUUCUGCUUCACUGGGUACUUCUUCUGCAGGCCGCUGCUUCGAAUCCAGCUCAACCCUAACAUUCUUUUGUGAUGGCUGAAAUAAGGAUGGAGGACUUGGCGACUGCAUACCCACUUGUGUAUUUUGACGGAGAUCAGAAAUAUGAUAAAGGACAUGUUGGAGUCCAUUCUUUGUUAGCAUACAGGCGGUUUCAGGUCAUGGUGACUCAGUUGACGGGAAUUCCUCCCAAUCAGCAGUCUAUUGCCUUCAUUUGCAGACGGUCAAAGCGGCAGAGAUUGCCUGUGAAUGAGAAUACGAAUUUUGGCAUAAUUUUGAACCAGCACAAUCCUAACAGAGAGAAGGAUUGUUAUUUCUUGGUGUCUGUGAAGAAACCUAAGAAGGACAAGAAGGGAGGCAGAGGAGGAGGAGGAUGGAAGCGUAAUGGCGAUGCAGAGUACCUGCACGAUGAAUAUGAUGAAUCUGCAUCAUCCAAGGGUGAUAUUUCUCCACGUGAUGAACGCCCCGGCGUAGAAGAGAAGGCGAAGUUUGGCAGAAGCAGGGGCAAGCCGGAGAAAACAAUUUUACGGCGAGAUUCUUCAGCCAAUCCCAGGUUUCAGGCAACAAUGGGAAUGAAUGGCCCAGGUGGCAAGAAUGCUAGUUAUGAAGACUGGCCUAACCUGUCUUCAAAAUUUCCACCAAAUGACGUUUUCGAAGAUACACAGAGGUGGUCUUCAAAACUGCAAUACAAUGAUGGUUUUGAGGACUGGAUGCUCCAAUCUUCAAAACUCCCAUCAAACCAGUUACAACAGGAUGAAACCAGCUUGAUGGGUCUGUAUUACAAUUACAGUUCCAAUUCUGCUAGAGGGGCUGUCCGAGCGUACUAUCCUCAGGGUAAUCAAUAUAUGCCUGAUUCUGUGCUUCAAAAUUCACUGGGUUUAUACAACAAGAAUGGGUUUUCUUCAGUUGUUUCGCCAGGGAUGUUCAGCGGGCUUAAUACGAUGCAGAGUGGGCCCUCUCCUGGCGGAGGUUUGAAUCUUCCUCAGAUGCAAAGUCAAUAUAUGAAGCCUUAUGUUGUGGCAGAUGUUGUCCAGGGUCGAAUGGCAGGGGGUGGCUUUAAUUCUGAUUACAACUCUAGGGGCUGUGAGCAGUGUUGGAUGACAAAGGAGAGGCCUGUUCCAUUUCAUUGUUGUGUAAACGAUAAGGUUACAUUGGGGUUCAGAGGACCAUCCCCUGCUGGUCCUAUAGAGAGGCCUGUAAAAGCUUCUUCUUGAAGGCUUUCUUUUCUUCAAUUUUUUGAGGCACAGAAUUUGGUGGCCCUAUUCGGUUUUUUGAAAGUUGCUAAAACUUUUUUCUUUUUGGAUUGACAUAUAGACAUGUGAUCAUAUGUAUAACUAUUGAAUUACAUCGGCCUUGGUGGAAAAAGAAAGGUUCGAACCUGGCAUCGCUAUGCAUGCUUGGAAUAGUAAGGAGAAAAUUGGUUAUAGUUUGUGGCAUUUUGACAGGGUCUUUUUUUAUGUACAAUGGUAUAUACGACAAGCAAACACACUCUGGCAAAAGCUCAAAGAUUCUCAGAUAUAGGGGCUGGGAUUUAACCCAGCUUUAAUGUCGGAGGUUUUGAAAGUUUUUUUGGUGGUAUUCUUUUGGACAAGGAAGAAGCUCUGUUCUAUCAGGGUUAUGUAAAACUUUUACAAGUUCAUAUUGUUUAAGGGGAUUCUCCUGUUGAUUUUUGACAGUAAUAAUUAUACAGAUUUUUGACAGUAAUAAUUAUACACACUACUUCCUCACUUCUUUUUAUUAUAUGGUUA